AUGGCAGCAGUGAAUCUGGGUGUGGUGCUUAUCCUGUGCGAAGCGCUAGUGGUCGUGAAGACGCAAUUCCUGCAGCAACCACGUGACACGACGGCCGCUGCAGGCGCUGACGUCACGCUGUUCUGCAUACUUGACCUGACUUACGACGCCGGUGGUGGUGAAGGCAUUCAAAUACAAUCUGGGUGGUACCGCGACGGUACCGAGAUUAUUAUCAAGAAGGAAGACAGAUACUCUUAUAGUGAUGCCGAGUAUUACAAGACAGGCGACCAUAGCAUAGACAUACAAGCGCUACAAUUAGAUAUCGAUGAUGCUGAGUUCUACUGUCAGUGGCAGCAGCAAGGUUCGCUUAACCCCACGUCUGGCAGAAUUUCUCUGACGGUACUCAUGGAACCGCAAUCAGUGACCAUUUCUCCGAUUGCCAACGCCUCUUCGCCAGAUGACACGCUGCAGUUCGCCUGCGUUUCAAACAGCAGUAAGCCCGCAGCGAAGAUCAGCUGGUUGCUGAACGAGGAAGACAUUACUCGUGAUUCGCAGGCAACUGAAGAACCGGGCUUCAUACAGAAGACCUUCACAACUAAGAGCAUCCUGAGUCAUGUGUUUUCAUCGGAUGAUGAUGAAAAGACGCUGCGCUGUCAUGUCUACACCCAUGACGAUCUAACCGCGAUCGAUAAAUCAGAGACUCUAUACUUGAGUGAAACUGUUGUCAUCAGCAGCACCAACAAGCCUACCAGCGAUGGCGUCAUCGUCCUAGCAGAGCAGAAGUUGGUAAUGAACUGCGAUGCUAACGGAUACCCAGAGCCGUUCUACACGUGGAUGUACGAUGACGCCGAAUACCAGUCCACGGGAACAAUAAACGAGUUAGUGAUCGAGCCAAUAGCGUUCCAGGACAGCGGAUCGUACUCGUGUCAAGCGACUAGUGUCUUUGGUGAUUACAAGUCGACUAACACGAUGAACGUGAUUGUGGCGGUGCCAGCAGAGGAUGUUACCAUGACGAUGGACGGCGAUGCUGUUGAGGGGGAUUCGGUAACAUUAACCGCAGAUGAACAUGUAGUUAGUUGCACUGCAAGUAAGGGCUUCCCGGAAGGAACAGUAGCAUGGCAACUUGAUGGCACAGCUAUCGACGGAGCCGUUACUUCACAUGUCAGCGAGGACGAUGGCACGGUAACGACACAGAGCACGCUGACACGCACGUUUACCGUUACUGACCACGAUAAAACACUACUCUGUAGUUACGCGGACAUAUACGAUUCCUAUCCUUCAAGGUCGCUCGCCGUGAAGCUUAACGUUAUGUACCUGAACGACGCGGUUACAGUGAGCAGUGAAGACGGACCAGGUAAUGUGACCAUCAUCCCUGGCAACAAGCUAUCGCUCCUCUGCAGUGCAGACGGAUACCCGCAACCAACUUAUUCAUGGCUUCACAACGAAACUGAGAUAAGUGGGAAAGAAAGCAGUCAGUACGUGAUCGAGACUGCCACAUAUUUAGAUGCGGGCGACUACGCAUGCGCGGCCAGCAACUCUGUCGGCAAAGUGACUUCUAGUAAUUCGGUCUUUGUGACUGUUUACGUUUCGCCGAAACCCCCGGAUGAUUGCGCCAACAUUGGACUCAUUCUCGGACUUGUCUUCGGCGGCUUAGCAGUGAUUGUCGUCAUCGUCACCGUCUUCGUAAUUUUUGUAAUAUUUGUAAUUUUUGUAAUAUUUGUAAUUUUUGUAAUGUUUGUGAUAUUGGCAAAGCGCUUAUAACGAUAAGAGGUGACACUCCCUAUCUAACGCUAUGUAAUUUGAUUGCAAGUGCUGCCAAAUAGUGACCAGCUUGAUUAAAAUGAUUAUAAACCAUUGCAAGAUAUUACUUAUCAUUACAUUUUGAUGCUUUUUUAUUGAAUAUGGCCAUAUAAUUAAAACAUCGGAGCAGAGUGACUAUGUUCGUCAAUCCCACAUAAUAAACACGUGCUUAACUAAAAUU